AAGUUGCAUGUCUCAGUGACAGCUGACGUUACACUUAGUCCAAAUAAUUAGACGUAAGCUACCCCGCUUGACUGAUGCGGAAUCAUUUUAAUUUAUAAUAAAAUACAACAAAAUUGACAGUACAUAAUGUCAGACAAAGACAGCAUCGCCAACAACCCAUUUGCAGCCUUGUUUCCGAGCAUUGUUGAUGCACAGCUGUAUGCAGCUGGCAAAAGUCUGGUACAGAACUACGAUGAAGCAGUGAGCUUAGAAACAUUAGAAACAGAGUCUGCAGAAAAUAUCGAGGAGUUGUCUACUCGUACUCGAAAAGUCAAUCAACUACUUGAGCAUGUCUUUCUCAUAACCCUGGACAAUGAAGAGCCUAUAGACAGCUGUCGUCCUCCCAGAUGUGUGUAUCUUGAACGAAUGGCAGAAACAAUGGAGGGACAGCACUGGCUGGACAUUGCCUCCUUGGAACAUGCGGUGUUUGAGAGGUUGCUGGUGGAGAAGCCCGGGCUAUGUGUGAUCCAGACCGUGCCUGGUAAAGUCCUGCCAACAGAGGCCUCAGAGGCAGGCGAGGCGCAGGUUCUUAGAUAUCUGUACCAGUGCUUCAACAGAUGUCUCAAGUUGAAAUCUCAACAACAGUUUUGUGAUCUGGAGGCUGAUGUGGCGAGGUGCAUGGCUGUGAUUCUGUUGAACAGCAAGACAUGCCUGCAGCAGCCAGAGCUGUACCCUAGCCAGCGUGUUCAUCAACAGUUCAUAGACCUGUACAUGGAGACAUGCCACUACCAGGCUGAGAGUGGGACCCUAGAGGACUUUCUUCUGAAGACUGCUGCAGAAAUCCAUGCAAGUUCUGAGGAUGGUAGCCUGGAGCAGGUGUUCACACCGGUGCUGGAUGUGAUCAGACAGAGGUUCAUGUCAGACUUCACACUCAUGCAUCCUGAAGUGAACAAGUUCAUCAAGUUUACAAUGUUCUUUACAAAAAGUGCACCACUAGCAGAGAUGUUCCUGACGUACAACUCCCCCAAUGACUGGGAAAAGGGAAGUGACUUUGAGCAGACUCUGCUUGGUGCCAUGCUGAGCUUGAGUCCCAUACCAGAGCUUCACAAACCCAAUGACCUGUUUGAAAAUCCAUCCAGUGCCACAAAACAGGACCAUGAUAUUGCAGAAAAGAAUCUGUGGAUGCCCCAGUCCGGUGUGUGUGAAGGGGUAUCUCAGAUUGUCUUCAGCAUCAUCAAACUGUCGUCAGCAUUACGCCACAGAGUUCUGUCCUGGCUGGGAAAAUGUAUCAGUGCCAAUGCUGGAAGAGCCAAGAUCUGGACUACACACGCUCCAAUGUACAGCAACAUUUACACAACAGACGGCUUCAGUUUAAAUCUGUGCUAUGUGCUGCUAAAGUUGUGCGUGCCAUUCUCGGAGCCGUGUUCACCCAAACUGCUCAAGAUCCAGACCAGCUAUGUUCGAGCAAUUGCUGCAGAUGAGGAGCAGGCUCUCAUCAGAGGCAUUCAUGCUAAAGGAUUAAGUAAAGAAACUUGUUUGAUUCCCUUGGAAGAGAAUGUCAAACUUCCAGAAGACGACAACUUCAAUUUCAUCACUGAAUGCUUUUUCCUUUGUCAUCAGGCAAUCAACCAGGGAUUUCAUGCUGUACACGAGAAGUUCAUGAAGAUCAAUCAGGAGUUACACAGGACCCAGCAGGUGUUCCAGUCCCUGCAAGCACAAGGCCUCACCACUGACGAUAGCAGAAUGGCAGGGGUUAAAGUGCAAAUGGAGAAAGGCAUGAAGUGGUAUCUCUGUAUGAAAGCAGCUCUGACAGAACCUCAGUUACUGGAAAUGACAUUAAACUUCCACAUGGCAACCAGCACCUGGCUGGCACAGGUUGCUAGGACAAGUGAUGUCACAGGAUUCGAGCCGGUCAGUUUUCCCCUUCCAGAGGAGGUGCCCACAAUUCUUGGCUAUGUACCAGAGUUCAUCAUGGGCAAUGUGACAGACUUUACACUGUUCCUGCAUAGAUUCAAGGAUGAGAUGUAUGAGACUGGAGGCAGUGGUCUGCAGCAUUUCAUGACCUUGAUCUUGGUGUUUAUGGGCAGUCCAAAGCACAUGAAGAAUCCACACUUGAGGGCCGAGUUAGCAGAAACACUGGCCGCUCUCAUGCCUUUCAACCCUGACAAAGCCAAUGCACAGCAGGGAAUGUUAUCCAAGUAUCACAGAGAGCAGGUUUUCCAGAAGCAUCCCCUGAUCUCCCACCUUGCUGAGAAGCUCAUCCACGUGUUUGUGAGCAUAGAGAUGACUGGCCAGAGCGUGCGGUUUGAGCAGAAGUUCAACUACAGGCGGCCCAUGUACCAGGUGAUGCACUAUAUCUGGGAGAAACAGGUGCAUAAGGAGGCGGUCAAGAGACUUGCGGUGUAUGCUGAACAGCACAUUGAAGACACUGAUGCCCCAUUGUUCCUGCGGUUCAUCAAUCUGCUGAUAAAUGACGCUAUAUAUCUACUUGAUGAGGCUCUUGAUUUCAUGAAGCAGAUCAAGGAGAAGCAGCAAUUGAUGGAUGGCCCCGACUGGUCAGGCUUGCCCCAACAGCGCCGUCAAGAGACAGAGUCCAGCAUGCACCAGCUGCGCAUGAUGGCCCGCUACCACAACAUGAUGGGAAAUCUCACCAUUCUCACCCUAGAAAUGCUCACCAAGGACAUUUGCUCUAUAUUCUGUCAUAGGGUCAUGGUGGAACGCAUUGCAUCCAUGUUGAAUUACUUCCUCCUACACUUGGUGGGGCCCAAACAGCGUGACCUGAAAGUUAAAGACGUGAAUGACUUUGAGUUCAAGCCUCGGCAGCUGGUGUCCGAUAUCACCAAAAUCUACAUGAACCUGAGUGACAAUGAUGCGUUCUGCAGAGCAGUGUCUGGUGAUGGCCGCUCCUACUCCAAAGAACUCUUCCCAAAGGCAGUCCAUGUUCUACAGAAGAUUGGCACAUCGCCAAUAUUUAUCAGUAACUUUGCGGCGCUGCAUACAAAGAUUUGUGCGGUAGGUCUGGCCCAGCAGGAGGAGGAGGAGCUGCUGGCUGAUGCUCCAGAGGAAUUCCUUGACCCGAUCAUGGGAACCCUCAUGAGGGAUCCUGUCAAACUGCCAACGUCUGGCAAUAUCGUGGAUCGCUCAAUCAUUUCCAGGCAUAUACUCAGUGACCAGAUCGACCCGUUCAACCGACAGCCUUUAACUCUGGACAUGGUGGUACCCAUGACUGAACUGAAGGAAAAAAUAGAUACUUGGAUCCUAGAUCAAAAGAACAAGAAGCACUCGGACAGCUGAUUGUUUAUAUUGGAAAGUUGGGGUAUAUGUCCAUCAUGUGGGGAUUAAAGUAACUUUGAUUUUGGGGUUAUUUGUUGAGUCACUUAACUUGGGAAGAUUUUUAAUAGCUCACCUGAGCAAGAAGUAUGCACUUGUGUAUUGUUGAAUAACAUUCUAAAGCAUGUACAUAAUGUGUAGAACUUCAAGUACUUUUGUAGUAGAAACAGACAAUUCAUUGUCAGCCAGCCAGAUACAUGUACAUUAGUUUCUAAUGAGAUUUUGCAUGAUUUUGCAUGACAAUAUAGGAGUUUGGUACAAUUGGUGUGUACUUUCUUACUGUACAGUGAUGUUCACAGCAUUUCGCUAUUGCAUAUGUAUAGAUCAUGGUGUCCAUAUUUUGCUAGUAUGAAUGCUUUGUCAGGAAUUGCGUUGUUAUGUAUUGUUAUGGAAAGUGUCUACAGAAGUCAAAUACAAUUUUGUGCAAAACA